GGCAAAAGGGCCGAAGCCCAUUUGCCUAACAGAAAAGAAAGGGCUGCCGAGUUCGACGAAAGCUUCAGAAACGAAACAAGAAAAAAAACAGAGAAGGAAAGAAAGGGAGAAGAAGAAAGAGGCUAGAACCAAAUCUUGAGAAAUUUUAAAUACACACUGGUUUUUACGGAUUGAUUGGAGGAAUUUGUACGAGUUGCUUGAGGUGAAGCAGUUGGUAUUUCGGCACGAGUACGGUCUGAAGUUGAAAUCCACAGGUCUAAAGUUUCCAAUUUCAGACCUACGGGUCUGAAAUUUGCCUCUGCCAAAGCCUUACAUCAAUGAUAUCAUUAAGGAAUGGUGAUUCCCCCGCCAAUUAGACCAGACAGAGUUACAAAGUAUCUCAAACCUUACGUGCUGAGGAUGCACUUCACAAACAAGUAUGUAAAUGCUCAAGUAGUUCACACACCAACUGCAACGGUUGCCGCUUCUGCAAGUACACAAGAGAAAGGCUUAAGGCUUGCCAUGGUAGAAGGAAAAGAAAAUACUAGAGAUGUUGCUGCUGCUGCAAAAAUAGGUAAGUUGUUAGGAGAGCGAUUGCAGGCUAAAGGUAUUCCUGCCGUAUCUGUUUUCUUUAAGAGAGAGCAAAGGUACCAUGGAAAGGUCAAAGCAGUUAUUGAUUCAGUGAAAGAAGUAGGCAUAGAAUUGGUUUGAUUGAAACACAAUGACUACUUUCUCGUUUCAUGGCCUGCUGGAUUUCCUCCCAAGGCAAAGGAUUUAUAUGUUCUAUUGACUUUGCAAAUCUAUUUUCGCGACAAUUUGCUUGUCUCAGUUCUUCCAAACUGGAGCAAUAUGUGGUUUUAUGUAUGAGAUGUCACUUAUGA